AGCGAGUCUCAGGUCACGUGGCCGGCAAGGCCGUUGGGCGGGGGCCUGGCCGGUGCUCCGCAGCUGUCUGUGACACCCGGAGCCCGCGGGCCGCUUCGGCCCCCAGAGAGCCCGGCAUGGUACGCGCGGGCGCCGUGGGGUCGCAUCUCCCUGCGUCCGGCUUGGACAUCUUUGGGGAUCUGAGGAAGAUGAACAAGCGCCAGCUCUAUUACCAGGUCUUAAACUUUGCCAUGAUUGUGUCUUCUGCGCUCAUGAUCUGGAAAGGCCUGAUCGUCCUCACUGGCAGCGAGAGUCCCAUCGUGGUGGUGCUGAGUGGCAGCAUGGAGCCCGCCUUUCACAGGGGCGACCUUCUGUUCCUAACAAAUUUCCGAGAAGACCCGAUUAGAGCUGGUGAAAUCGUUGUUUUUAAAGUCGAAGGCCGAGACAUUCCAAUAGUUCACAGAGUAAUCAAAGUUCAUGAAAAAGAUAAUGGAGACAUCAAAUUUCUGACUAAAGGAGAUAAUAAUGAAGUUGACGAUAGAGGCUUGUACAAAGAAGGCCAGAACUGGCUUGAAAAGAAGGAUGUGGUGGGGAGAGCCAGAGGGUUUUUACCAUAUGUUGGUAUGGUCACCAUAAUAAUGAACGACUAUCCAAAAUUCAAGGGAUUAUGUCUGAGCUGAUGCAGCCCUUGCACAGCUGCUCAUAACCACGACCUGCUGAAAACGGAUUUAUGCAAAACGCCUGCCACCAACCCACCCUGCUGCCACACACACGCCCACGUGUGCAGGUAAGUGGCUUUUGAUGGAUUAGCUAGUUUAAAAUUUCGGUCUGAAAUUGGUUAAAUAAAAAAAAAUCAAAAUAACGAGUUUGUAUCACUCAGGCAAGUGAUACGAACUUACAAAAUGGGAAUCCCAGCGGGACUGUGACAGCUAAAAUGUAAAAGGGAGGUUAAGGGCUUUAAGAGGAAACUUGAAAAACAAAUAGCCGAAGAUAGAAAGAUCCAGGAGACUCGGUGUGGGAGUGGAGUGCCACACAGCUGCUAUAGUUCUUCCCUGCUCUAAGCUGGGCGCCCUGGGUCCGCAGGAGCCGCGCCAGGUCCCCUCCAGGGCCCUGCUUGGUUUUCCCAUCAGAAAGGCCUCUCACUUGAACCCAGGCCCUGUGGCCACGACAGAUGUGACAGGAUGUCUGCCACCAGGACCUAAGCACUCGGAGCCUCCGCUGCACUUCGGAGCCACAUUCUCCUUCCCUCCGUCACUAUUUCCAGUUUUUGCCAAGUGGGGAGUUAGGAAGAGGAGGAGGGAGAGGCCAGCAGUGCAAAUGAAGCAGCUAGAGUAGGCCCAGGCUUUUGCAUUUCUAACUUGAGUUUCUAUAUUAAUUCUUCCGAGUUUGCCUUCCUCAGUGGUUUUCGGUCCUGGCCACCCAUUAGAACCACAUGGGCACUUUGAAGCAUCAGGGUUUCCAGGUCCUGUCCCACACCGUUUGAAAGAGAGUCCUUGCAGGUGGGACCCGAUGCUGCAGUUCUAAAGCUCCCAGGUGACUCCAGUGGGCAGCCGGGGCCUCGCUGGCUUGAGAGCAGCUUCCUUACCCUGCAUGGCACAGGGUGUCCACGAAGCCGGUCAAGAGUUCCUCUUGUGGAGAUUUCUAGGGCAGGAGAUCCCCGCAUCCCAGCCCUCUCAGCUGCCAGAACGUCUGGAACCUGAUUUACCUACCUGGCCUUUACCAUGGGGCGAAUGCCUUUCCCGGAGAGCAGCCUUCUUCACCCACCUCCCCCUUGGAGCAAUCUCACCAAAUUCCUCCCUGCCUACAGCAGUCAACAUCUGGGAGGGGUACUUGGGGCAGUGAAUGGAGAAACUGGGGGCCGGGGUGGGGGGCGGGCACUUUGUUCCCUACCUGUAUAGGUGUCUCUAAGUCAGUGCUUCCCAACCUUGACUCUGCAUAGGAAUCGCCUGGGCAUCUUUUUAGAAUGCAGAUUCUGAUUCAGGAGGCGGAGGGUAGGGUCUGAAACGGCAUUUCUAACAAGCUCCUAGGUGGUGCUGAUGCUGCCAGUUGGAAUAGCAAGGCUCUAGGAUGCUACUUCCCUCCACCCCUUUCUUGGAAGUUUUUGGGGUUUGGACCAACUGGGAUAGGUGGCUUCAUAAGUUAGGGGACCAGGAAUGAGGGGGCCUGGCAUCCUUUACUUGGAGGGCAUUAUGCUAAGUGAAAUGUCAGACAGAGAAAGACAAAUACUGUAUGAUAUCAUUUACAUGUGGAAUCUAAAUACUAUUAUUUUAAAUUAGAAAAUAAAUCCUUCGGCCAUG